UCUGUUCAGUUGGAUAUUCAAAACAAUCAGAAAAGGACACCAUUGCUUGAAGCCGUUUCCCAGUGUCACCUCGGAAUGACACACCUGUUAAUAGCCCUGGGUGCAGACAUAAAUGCUGUUGAUGGUGAAGGUAACAGCUGUUUGCACCUAGCCAUGGCAACAGAAAAGUUUAAUUCCGAGGGUGCACCCUUGGAUUUACUAAACGAAUGCUGCACUGCCCUUAACCUGAAAGAGGAUGAAAUGCUCUCUGGUGUAGUGGUUGCGAGAUAUCUCGCCAGCCAGGGAGCGGACUUUCACCAUAAAAACAACAAAAAUAACACACCAUUGGACCUCAUUAAGGACCCAAAUUUGAGAAGAAAAUUAAAAGCGUUUUACCACCACAAUGUUUGUUGUGCAGAAAUAAAGAGGCCACAACAAAAGUUCAUCCCUGUGACACCUUCUGACAUGUGAAGAAUGUUCAAACGUUCCACUUAAACGAUGCCUGAGGUGUUUGAAACCUGUAACAAGCAGAGGUCGAGUUGGGGCUCCAAAGUCUGAAGACAGUGUGUAAAAAAGAGGCUACAUGUCAGGAAUUAGGGGCUUGCAUCUCAGGCAAUUGGUGAG